AUGUCUGAAAAUAUUUUAAAACAGCUAGUACAUCAAGUGAUUGCAGCUAAUAAAUUUUUAAUACAAAUUGAUGAAUCUGUUGAUAUUCAUAAUAACGCCCAAUUGAUGGUAUACAUAUGUUAUCGAAGUACUGACGAUUAUCGUGAAGAAUUUUUAUUUUGUGAGCCUCUUCUUACAACGGCAACAGGCUUAGAUAUUUUUAAUAAAGUUGAUGGAUUUUUUCGGAAAAAUAAUCUAGCUUGGUGUAAUUACGUUGGAAUCUGUUCGGAUGGUGCACCGGCAAUGCUUGGGAAUCGAAUAGGAUUUUGUAAACAAGUUCAGGAAGUUAACUCAAAUGUUGUAAUUAUUCAUUGUUUUUUACAUCGAGAAAAUUUGGCAACUAGAACAAUUCAGCCAGAACUUUUUUCAGUACUUCAAGACGUAAUUCAAAUUGUCAAUUUCAUAAAAUCAAGAGCACUAAAUUCAAGAAUAUUCCAUGCCAUGUGUAACGAGAUGGGAUCACAAAAUACAAAUUUUUCUAACGGAAAAAAACACUCAUUGGCUGAUAAAUUUAAUGACGAUUCGUGGGUCGCUAAAUUGGCUUUUCUAAGUGAUAUUUUUGGACAGUUAAAUGAAUUGAAUAUUGAGAUGCAGGGGAAGAAUAGGACAAUGGUCGAUAUUGGCGAAAAAAUCUCAUCAUUCAAACAAAAGCUCACACUUUGGCGGGAAAAACUGUUUCAAGGAAAAAUUGCUACAUUUCCCCUUUUAAGUGAAUUUCUUGAAGAUUCAACAAAGGGAACAUUAAAUGACUUAAAAUUACUACUUCAAGAGUACUUGGACAAAUUACAGAUAGAACUCGAUCGAUAUAUACCAGAAAACGUAGAGCUCAGUAAAUACAGUUGGGUAAGAAAUCCUUUUGAAAUUUCUGUUCACGAAGUUGGUGAAGACAUUUGCGGGUUCCAAGAAGAACUUCUUGACCUUCAAGCCAGUCAAGUCUUAAAAGAAAAUUUUUCAAGAAUGUGUUUGACGCAAUUUUGGGCACAAUUAAAAGAUAAACCGAUUUUAUCAAGAGAAUCCGAAAAUGCAUUGCUACCAUUCACAACCACAUACUUAUGUGAAGCCGGUUUUUCUACGUUAGUUGUCAUCAAAACAAAGUAUAGAAACCGCCUUGACGCUCAACACGAUAUGCGAUGUGCACUUUCAAUGAAUAUACAUCCAAGUAUCGAAGAAUUCGUGGAAUAUGUUCAGCAUCAAGGAAGUCAUUAA